AUGCUCUAUCAAAGAGACAGAGCAUCAAACUCACUUGUUGCAUCACCGAGUACAAUAACCGGAAAAACGAUUUCAUCAUCACAUCCUCCUAAUAAUGAUAAUGCGCGGUCAAAGAGUUUAAAUAAAGAAUUGAUGCUAGAAUCAAUCAUAAACUUUGUUGGAAUAAUUAAUUCAGGUGAUAGUUAUCCUAAUCAGGAUCUUAGACAAGUUCAAACGACCUCCCCUAGAAUUAAUUCUUUAAAUCCAGAGGAAGCAAGGCCUCAAUAUCCAAAUGUAACGAUACUUCAAAUGCCCCCUGAAAAGAAACAUAUGGAAAGAAUUGGUGAAAGUGGAAAUAUUACUACAGAUGAAAUAAAUGCUAAAUCAACCGAAACAGCUCAUCAUCCUGUACAAUUACAACCUCUAAAUCAAUCUUCAAUAUCACUUAAUGAUAAUGCGAACACUAAUCAAGCACCGCUCUUACUUCCACAAACAUCUCCUCGCGAAGUUCUAUAG